AUGUCCUUGCUUCGUGGCCUGGACUUGUCCCGGUUGUUGGACGUGCCGCUGAGCGCUCUUCGUGCGCAUCAAGAGGGCACGUCUUCAUCGAAGGCGAGCAAAAAUAGUGAUGACAACAUGACUACGGUGAAAACCGAGUUACAAACUACUCGCCAUCAAGAGGGGAAGCUGUCGACAAAGUUCGUAACGUCCGUACCUUUGGUCGAGCAACAGAGGCCGUUGUCAACGUGUGUAAGUAAGUCCCUGGUGUCGGAAACACGACGUCUAGGAGACGGCGUGGACGCUAGGGUCGAGAAUUUUCGAAGAGCAGUAGAGGUGGACGCUUUUUAUAAUGAGCAACGAAGGGUAGUAGAGGGAGGCGUGGAUAAUGAACGAAGAUUACCUUCAGACGUUUCCCGUCUGUGUCGAGAAAACGAGCUAUUGACGAGGGAGAAGAGUUGUACUAGGAGCUCAGAAUCGCCAGAGCCAGAGGAGCGUCCUCUUCCUCGCGAC